AGGGAGGGACGGGACGGGCGCGCCUUGGUCGCGCUGCGCUCCCGCACGGGGGUCAGCCGCUCGGCCGCCGCCCCGGGCACUUCCUGGGCGGCUCGGACUGCUCGCUCUGGGAAGCGAGGGGGCGGCCUGUAGUCCCUCGGCCUCCACACCCCCAGGUGGGUCCCUACGCCCCGAGGCCUCCCGGAGGGACUCAGAGCGCGAGCUGGUGGUUGCCCCAAAAAUAGCGUUGCUUCCACUUGCUGAUUUCUGAGGCAAACAAGCAGAAGGAUGAGUGAGCUGGAGCAGUUGAGGCAGGAAGCCGAACAGCUACGGAAUCAGAUCCAGGAUGCUAGGAAGGCAUGUAAUGAUGCAACGCUUAUUCAGAUCACAUCAAAUAUGGAUUCUGUGGGCCGAAUACAAAUGCGAACAAGACGUACGUUGAGGGGUCACCUAGCUAAGAUCUACGCUAUGCACUGGGGAUAUGAUUCAAGGCUACUAGUCAGUGCUUCCCAAGAUGGAAAAUUAAUUAUUUGGGAUAGCUAUACAACAAAUAAGAUGCAUGCUAUUCCUUUGAGAUCUUCCUGGGUGAUGACCUGUGCCUAUGCUCCGUCUGGUAAUUACGUCGCGUGUGGAGGGCUGGACAACAUCUGCUCUAUAUAUAACUUAAAAACCAGAGAGGGCAACGUGAGAGUGAGCCGGGAGUUACCGGGUCACACAGGCUACUUGUCCUGCUGCCGAUUUUUAGAUGACAGCCAGAUCGUUACAAGUUCAGGAGACACAACUUGUGCUUUAUGGGACAUCGAAACUGCCCAGCAGACCACCACUUUCACUGGGCAUUCUGGAGAUGUGAUGAGUCUUUCCCUGAGUCCUGACAUGAGGACUUUUGUUUCUGGUGCUUGUGAUGCUUCUUCAAAAUUGUGGGAUAUUCGAGAUGGAAUGUGCAGACAGUCUUUUACUGGACAUGUGUCAGAUAUCAAUGCUGUCAGUUUUUUCCCAAACGGAUAUGCCUUUGCCACUGGCUCUGAUGAUGCCACGUGCCGGCUCUUUGACCUCCGUGCAGACCAGGAGCUAUUGCUGUAUUCUCACGACAAUAUCAUCUGUGGGAUCACUUCCGUAGCCUUCUCAAAAAGCGGGCGCCUCCUGUUAGCUGGUUACGAUGACUUCAACUGUAACGUGUGGGACACGCUAAAAGGAGAUCGUGCAGGUGUUCUUGCUGGUCAUGAUAACCGUGUCAGCUGUUUAGGUGUAACAGAUGAUGGCAUGGCUGUGGCAACAGGCUCUUGGGACAGUUUUCUUAGAAUCUGGAAUUAAUAGUGCAUACAUGUUUGCUGUUCUCCGUUGCUAUCUGGAGAAAUCAGUGCUACAGCCUAUCGCUGUGAGAAGAAAAUUCUACCUUAUAUUUGCAGGUGAAGAUUUUUCUAUUGAGAUUGUUAUAUACAAAAAGAUUUCAGUAAACUACAAAACAAAACAAGGGGGGAGAGGCAAGGGUGCUUGCUGAGAUUGAAAGGACAAGUGCAUUAAUUUGAGGAAUUAAGCUAAUUGAACCUUGAUGAAUUUUUGUUGUACUCGAAAUUCUUUAUUUUGUGUAGGACAGAAUGUUCACAUUAGAGCGGUUUAUUAUGUUUGAUUGUGUUUUUUAAGACUUAAAUUUUUAACUUUCUAUACAUAAGAAACAUCACAUUUUUGAGUUUUGUAAUGGAGGAAGUAGGCAUUGUAAGAGAUGGAAGUGAUCCCAUAUGUAUGUGUACUUACGUUUAAAAAAGUCUCCUUGAUUUCUGACCUUUUAGCUCCUUGUUGCUUAAUGUUUAAGAAUGCUAGCAGGCCUAGAUAUCUCUGAGGGCAGUCCCUGUUGAAUAUCGUUAGUUUCUGGUGUAUCCUUCUGCCAUCCUGUGAAUUUAAGUAAGUGCUCACUUUCAGUCCCUGGCCUUCCUUGAAGGCCAGGGAAUCAAGGAAGGUAUCAUUCUGAAAUUUUAGACAUACAUAAGACAUUCUUACAUAGUUAGCAGUGAUUGCAUAAAAAACAAAUUCUAAACAUUUAAAAAAUCUGGUUAUGAUCUAAUGACGCUUUGAGUAGCUCUCUAAAGAGCAGGGCUUUCCUAGUGAUUUCAUAUUCUGAAACAGAGUUUGUAGGUUACCCUCAUUAUUUCAGAUUAACAUUUGGGUUGUCCUUGCAUCUGAAGAAUUUUGUCCAGUAUUCUCCAUUGAUAGACAUGUAGAUGGGAAAUACAAUGUGAUGGCAUUACGUUGUUGAAAGAAGUGUUAAAAUCUAACCUUCACUAGACUUGAUCAGUUACAGUUGUGUAGCAAGGUGGCUUUAUGAGUUUGUGUUCAGUUUAUAUCAAUUCAGAUUUCCUAUUAUCGUGACUUAAAUUUGGAAAAGGAAACAUUCAGACUUUUCGCUCUUCUGUGAUUUUUCUCUUGGCACAAAAAAAUGGUUUCUAAGUGAUUUCGCCAAAAGGAAUACUUAGAUCCAUGUGACUCCACUUUAAAGCCAAAAGAAAAAUUCCAGGAGUCCUUAAAGGAGUCAGAGGAACAUUGCUUAGUAUUUUCCUAAGCAAUUCCUACUUGUCAUUGAUAUAAUGUGUCUAUUACUAGAAUGCCCCCCUCAAUUUAAACAAAGAUACUUUCCCCCUAUAACUAAAGCUAAAUGAUUGAUAAUACAAGAUUAUUAGCCUUGAUUGAUGAAGUCAUGGAUUAUUCUUAAUACAGAAGUGCAUUACUUUUGUAAUUUAGUAAACCAUGUCUGUUUCAACUUAGGUUUCAACUUUUGAUCACAUGUAACCCUAAUCUAAAUGCUUCCCCAAUUUUACUUGUGAAUUUUCAUUUUUAUAUUGUGAAUAUGCUAGUAAGUGCAUCAACCAUAAUGAAGUCUGUUAUCAGUUUUAAGAUCAGCUGAUGAUGGUAAAAAGAAAAUGGAUAAAGGAAGAGUAAGAUAUAGGACCCAAAACAGACUAUUUUAGAUGGCAGGCAUGAAUGUAUAUUUAUAAACACGUAAGAUUUCUAUGAACUUUUUUUGGAAUUAAUGUUUGUGGACUGUCAUUUCAUAAAGAAUAGCUCUUUAAGGU